AUGGCAGAGCAGCAGACUCCCGCACCCCUGCAGACCCUCCCAGUGCAUCUGAGACAACCAAUGCCGCAGCCCAACAUGUAUGGGCAGUACCAAGGCCAAGGCACGCCUGGGCAGGCUCAGUCUCAACAAGGGGCUGCACCUCGUCUUGGAGCGCCUCCUAAUGGGCCCCAGUCUGCACAGACUCCCCAGAAGGUUCAACAGCAGGGGAAUGCCGAUGAGAACGUUUUCGGGAGUGUUAUGGGUGCCGGUCCUGGGCAUCAUUCCGAAGCAGGAGCCGGUAGCAAUCAGGCGAAAGUCUAUGCUAGCGUUUACUCGAGUAUUCCCGUAUUUGAGGCCAUGAUUCGAGGUAUCUCUGUGAUGAGGCGGACAUCCGAUUCAUGGGUCAAUGCCACACAGAUAUUGAAAGUUGCGGGCAUCAACAAAUCCGCGAGGACCAAGGUCCUGGACAAGGAAGUCUUGACCGGUAUCCACGAGAAAGUGCAAGGUGGCUACGGAAAGUACCAAGGGACGUGGAUUCCCCUUGAUCGUGGAAAGGAGCUUGCCGAACAAUACGGCGUCGCAAGCUACCUCUCUCCCAUAUUCGACUUUGUCCCUUCUCAAAGUGCCAUUGCCGCGCUCCCCGUUCUCCGAACAGGGACUCCUGACCGAACAGCUGCCCAGAAAGCGCCGAUUCAUCCCAACCAGCGGGUCAUCUCUCCUUACCCUACCCAUGCUACGCCUUUGCCAGGGCCCGGUCCGGGCCUACCUCCUCAUUUUGCUCAUCCCCAUGAGCAGAUGAUGUCUUUGCCGCCUCACCCCUCAGCUUUGGCUUAUCCGUCUCAGCCGAAGCCUUACUACUCUAUGCCGCCACCGCACGCGGUCGGUCAGCCUGGGUUAUAUUCUCCGGCCCGUGAAGGUCCUGUGCCGAUGGUGCACAACCCGAGCGAUAAUGGUCUUGCGCCAGCUGCUGACAUUGCACGAAUGGGUUUCCCCUACAAUGCGUCUGAAGUGUACAUUGACCAGUAUGGUCAGCCACACGCAACGUACCAGAGCAAUGCCUAUGCUAAGGAUGGCCACCCCGCCAAGCGUCUUAGAUCUUAUGCCGAAGGGAGCUACGUCGAAACCGCUGCUGCUGCUGAGGCCGAGGAAGAAGGCGAUGCCGAGGUUGAUUCCACCGCUUCUGACGAUGCGCGUGACCCUCCUCCUCUGCCUUCUUCUAUGCUUCUUCCUCACAAGCCCAUCCGACCGAAAGCCACCACGGCCAACGGCCGCAUCAAGGCCAAGCUCGUCCAAAUCUUCAACGUCGAAGGCUCCGUCAACCUCAGGUCUGUCUUUGGUUUGGCGCCUGACCAAAUUCCAGGAUUUGAUGUGGACAUGGUCAUCGAUGACCAAGGACACUCUGCACUACAUUGGGCGUGUGCGCUGGCAAAGAUGGAGAUCAUCCAGCAACUCAUCGAGCUCGGAGCGGAUACCCAACGGGGCAAUUAUGCCGGCGAGACGCCUCUCGUGCGCAGUGUGUUGACGUCGAACCACGCCGAGGCUGGCACUUUCGCCCAGCUUCUUUCGCUCUUGUCAUCCUCCAUCCGCACGCUUGACCACGCAUACAGGACGGUGCUUCACCAUAUCGCCCUCGUUGCCGGCGUCAAAGGCCGGAUUCCGGCUGCCAGGUCAUACAUGGCCAAUGUUCUGGAAUGGGUUGCGCGAGAACAGCGAAACAAGCCUCAUAGCAUCGCGGAUCGCCCUCAAGAAUCCGAAUCCACCGAGCUUGCGCCAAUCCCGCUCAAGACUCUCGUGGACGUACAAGACGUUCAUGGUGACACAGCCCUGAACGUCGCUGCUAGGGUUGGUAAUCGGGCCAUGGUCAACUUGCUGCUCGACGGCGGGGCGGACAAGUCACGGGCCAACAAGCUUGGUUUGAGACCAGAGCAUUUCGGAUUGGAGAUUGAGGGCCUCAAGGUCACAAACGGGGAGGCAGUGGUAAGUAAUUUGAGAAGCGAGGCUAGCAAGCCUGAACGAAAGAGCCGUGAUGUUCAAAAGACAGACAUCGCCGCUGUAUUCGAGCGCAUUUCUUCCACCUUUACCUCGGAAAUGCUGGCCAAACAAACAAAGCUCAAUGCCACUGAGAAUUCUGUCCGCCACGCCACUCGUGCCCUGGCUGACAAGCGUGUCCGCCUUCACCACGCACAAGAACAGCUCGGCACGAUGCACCUCUAUGAGCAGCGUGCUGAGAGUGUCAAGCGUAUCCUUGACGGGGUGCUCAUGGGUGACAUUCUCGGUCCAAGUGACUUUACAGGCAGGUCUCAGACGAUUAUGGAAAAGAGGAGCGCGCAGUUACCGCCGUUGGCCUUCCGCCACGUCCCCGGCGUGAUCUCGCCUUCUCUCCAUCCUAUACCUUCACCUCACUCUCCGACGUCUACCGAUACGCCGCAAGACGCACCUUUGCCGGAGCACAACGACCCCGAGGGACUCGUCAAGCUCCGACGCAUGGCUCUGUGGGAAGAUCGGAUUGCCGGAAUAUUGGAGGACAAGAUACAAUCGAUGGAAGGCGAAGGUGUGGAGAAGGAGAUCAAAUAUCGAAAGCUUGUGGCAGUGUGUGCGAGGGUGCCGGUGGAUAAAGUUGAUGGAAUGCUGGAUGGGCUGCUGGCAGCGGUCGAGUCUGAUGGACAGUUGAUCGACUUUACCAAAGUCAACAACUUUUUCCACCGCGUCAAGGAAGGUGGAGCCUAG